AUGUCAGAUAUAAAGUCUCCUGUUAACUCUCAAGACGAGAUCCCCCAGAAACUCCCAGAGUUUCAAGAGAUGGAGAUUGAAGUUCCUGAUGACCCAGAAAAGAUACCAAAAGAAAAGCACAAGAAAAGAAGUCCUUCCUUCAAAAGAGCUUUCUUGAUUUUGGUUUGCCUUGGCUUCCAAAUCUGGCUAUGGAUCCCUACUAUUCCCACUUCCACUCUCAAAUACAGCGUUGGAGGUCUGGGAGAUUGGUAUGACUUUUCGAGGUUUCUUUUAGAGACGUUUGAAGAUGCUUCGCCUGGAUCUACUGGCAAAAUGGCAGAGUUUAUUCCCGAAAAAUGGCCUCUUGGAGAGACACAGUAUUACAUUCAUUACUAUGGUUACUGUAGAAAGUCAGAAAAGAAGCCAACCGUGUGCCACAAAAGCUCAGACAAUCCUCUUAAAAGAAUUGUUUACGAUAUCGGCACGGUGCUUGCACAAGAAAUGGAGACCACCAAGAUGAAUCAAAAUCAUAUUGCUUUAUCAUGGGAAAAAGCCAUGGGACUGGCAUUGGACAAGGCUAGGAAAGCUGUUAAGGAAAUUCCAGAUGCCGCCAGAUUUUUGAAUGGCACUCAACAAAGGGAAAUUAAAGAAUCUACUAUAGGCAUUAUCAAGGAGUUUGAUUGGGACUUUUGGAAUGACCCUACACAAAUACUAAUUGUUCUGACGGUGUUUUUUUGGUUUGGAACGAUAUUUCUUCUUGUCCGUCAUUUUUUAUUCACGUUUAUGGGAUUUCUAAUUUUGAUUUUGGGUAACCUUCCAGCUUUAAUUUAUGCCAGUGCCAUUCGUGGUAAGCUGCUGGGGAUGUUUGUCAAGACCCAUUAUUUGGGCCAUACCAUGAUAUGUGUUGCCAUUGAAGUUAUGGUGAUAGUAGCCAUGUUCUGCUGGACUGAGAGGGAGGAUGAGAAGAUAUCUUAG